AUGGUUAUCAUAACCUGUAAAAUAUUGUUUAGCAAGAAUGAAUUUCUGUUGUUGACCACCUGCCAGGCCUGGCGGAUCAUCCUCCCUAAUGUGAUUGUUAACUUGCUGCUUGAGUUGAUGUUCGAGACUACUUUUAAUAGUAGUAAACUGAGUGUUGAAUUGCUCCAUAAGCUUAUUUUGGCCAAGCACAAUUGGACUCUUUUCCUCCUUAAUCUGCCCAGCCGCCUUGUCAAUCGCCGUCUGGGCUGCAGCCUUGAUCUGUGCUUGAGCUUUAGUGUUGAAAGUCUCAACGGCGGAGGGAAGUUUGGCAACCUCAGCCUCCAGAUUCUGCUUGACUUUCUUAAAGUUCUCUUCAAGCCCCUUAACCUUCUCCCUCACCGCCUGCAACUUACUGUCCACGGCUUGGGCGGGGCUUUCAUUUUUGCCGGUGGGAGGGAUGCCGGGAGGGCUAGUCGCCUCUUUCAGCUGCUUGUCGAGAUCAUCUACAGUCGGUUUAAUUUGGUCCAAAAUUUCGCCAAACUUGUCGAUGCCUAA